UGUAGAGUGAGGGUGGUUUGAAAGUGGGCACGGCUGGUGGCUGUACUUGUUGCAGACUAAGGUGUGUCCGAUAAAUCUUUUACUCAGGAUACUGCAGGCAAUUGGUUCCAAAGUUCAAGGGUACAAAUACACAGGAGAACAGCGCGGAGUUGGAAAACCAGAAGAAGACGAGUAAAAGAGAAGUGUCAAGGUGAUUAAUUUGGGAUUUCUUUUUUCUAAUUCCGUCACUGGCGUGGGCAGGAAUAAACACAGACAAGACAAAAUAUGGCAGACAAGACAAGUCCGAGAGGCAAUUCUGGUGACUUUGCUAAAAAAGUCCAAAGACAGCUGAGCAGAGGCAAAGAAAAGGUAAUGCAAAGGCUGGGAAAGUCAAUGGAGACCAGAGAUGACCUUUUUGAAUAUUGUCUCCAAAACUUUAGUGACCAGCAGACUGAUGGGAACCGAAUAUACAAGGACUUGAGGGUCUACGUUAAUGCAGUUAGAGACAUGCGUGAAGCUUCAAGGCGCCUUUCCCAGUCUCUGUUUGAUGUUUAUGAGUCUGACUGGGCUGGAGAGGAAGAUUUAGGAGCCAUUGUUGAGGGGGAGGACCUCCUGUGGAAUGACUACGAGGUGAAGCUAUUAGACCAGGCCGUGCGCACCAUGGAGUCCUACGUGAGCCAAUUCCCUGAUGUCAGGGACAAAAUUGCCAAGAGGGGAAGAAAGCUGGUUGACUACGACUCCUCCCUUCACCAGCUAGAGGCACUGCAGACUGCGAAAAAGAGGGAUGAUGUCAAGAUAAGCAAGGCAAAAGAAGAGAUGAAUACUGCCAAAGUUAUCUAUGAGGGGAUCAAUAACGAUCUGAAAGAGGAGCUCCCAGUUCUCUUUGACAGAGGCAAAGAAAAGGUAAUGCAAAGGCUGGGAAAGUCAAUGGAGACCAGAGAUGACCUUUUUGAAUAUUGUCUCCAAAACUUUAGUGACCAGCAGACUGAUGGGAACCGAAUAUACAAGGACUUGAGGGUCUACGUUAAUGCAGUUAGAGACAUGCGUGAAGCUUCAAGGCGCCUUUCCCAGUCUCUGUUUGAUGUUUAUGAGUCUGACUGGGCUGGAGAGGAAGAUUUAGGAGCCAUUGUUGAGGGGGAGGACCUCCUGUGGAAUGACUACGAGGUGAAGCUAUUAGACCAGGCCGUGCGCACCAUGGAGUCCUACGUGAGCCAAUUCCCUGAUGUCAGGGACAAAAUUGCCAAGAGGGGAAGAAAGCUGGUUGACUACGACUCCUCCCUUCACCAGCUAGAGGCACUGCAGACUGCGAAAAAGAGGGAUGAUGUCAAGAUAAGCAAGGCAAAAGAAGAGAUGAAUACUGCCAAAGUUAUCUAUGAGGGGAUCAAUAACGAUCUGAAAGAGGAGCUCCCAGUUCUCUUUGACAGUCGUAUUGGAUGCUACGUAGCUGUCUUCUCAGCUGUGUCAAAUUUACGUGACAUCUUCUACAAGGAAACGAGUACGCUCAAUCAAGAUCUACAAAAUGUGAUAAAGGAGCUGCAGGCUCAGCAUCCAGACAAAGCAUUUGCUGUAAAGGGAUUGUCCCGGUAUGGCUCACUGAAAAGACGAAGUCUUAUCUCUCCAAAGGCUUGGAAGGCCAGCUUUUCUGAGGUUCACAGGAGCUUCAGUCCUAGAACGAGCCAGCGGUUUAGUUUCAGAUCCCCGGAAAAACCUCGACACAGCACCUUGUCCAGAGAAGGCAGCAUGCUUAGAGGGUCUUUAGUCGAGUCCAGGGAACUGGAUGUAGGGUCGUACCAAAGUGAGGUCCACAGCCCUUCUGCACAGGAAGAUGCUGUAGAGAGUGCAUCAGGAAGUGAGCUGAAGUCGGGAGACAACAACAAUCAAGUUGAAGGAGAAAAGGCUGUGAAAGAAGAAGAGCCUAAGCCGCCCGUAGAAUCGGAAAAUAAAGGAGAUGGAAAAAAAGAUCUACCAAGUGCAAGCAGCUCUGAACAAAAUAACUCCUAUGAAUCAGAUAGCUUGGAGCUCCAGCUGUCUGCAGCAGACAAUGGCCCACUGCACAUUGAAGAGACGGACGACAGCCCGGUAACCCUUGAAACUCCAAAACUGAACAGACUGGAGAAUGGUGACGCUUCUGGCUUGAAUUCUGACGCCAAGGAUCUGAGCAUUCCUCAGAAGGACGUCCCUGCAGAGAAAGAGAUAUCCUCGAACUCAAAAAACACAAUGGUUUAAAGUUUUCAUAAUAAAACAAAAGAACCAAACAGCGCCGAACUGACUGAAGUCAACAGCUGCAGAAGAAAGGAAAAAAAAGACAGGGCGACAGUUGCAACUGACAAGUUCAACUGCGAUUUCACGACUGACAAACUGUUGCUGUUAGUUUUCUUAUUUAUCUUUUAAGGAAAUCAAUUUUACAUAUAUAUUGGUGUCUUUGGGAAAAGCUAUAUUUUCAUAAACUCACUCACUGCAUUAUUAAAGCAAAUACAUUUUAAAAUGAGGGAUUUAUACAACUAAUGCUAGCAAAGACAGAAGCUCUACAUAGGUUUACACUGCUAAAAAGAUACUGACCACAGAAUGGUUAAUCUACACAGAUAUGAUAUGUUUCUGUCUCUGUGUAAAUGUGAAGAGAAUGCCACUCCACUCUUAUUUUGGAACCAACAAGGAGGCGUUUUAAUCAUUCUAGCCUUUUAGUCUGUUUUAUUAUUUCUUUUUAUUUGUUUUUGAUUAGAUUUUAUUAAUUAUGCUUGCAGUGUGAGGACAAACUUUGUAAUUCUGAAAAAUAAUCAUAGUUCAAAUUUUGUUUAUACUAAAGCUUUUUGGGUUAUUCGAUGUAUAU